AUGGCUGACCAAGAAGAAGGAGAGAGGUUGGUACAAGACAGAGAUAUAAACACUCCUGGUAAUCAAAAUGAAGACACCACCAAUGUUCGGGACAGAGAAUCUGAGGAUCAGCUUCCAAUCCAACCUGAAGAAGAGUACGAGUGUCCAGGCUGCCAGUCACUGGGCGUCCUGACAUUGCCCUGUGGCCACAAACUGUGUCCCUCGUGCAUAGAGCUGAGUCAGGGAGAGCUGGGCCUGGCUGGCUGCACGAUCUGCUACAGAUCACAGCUGAUGGACUCGGUCCUCCACACUUUGCUGGAAGCCCUGUUUCAUGAUCUGCCUAGGAGACACGGAGUCGUGCCUGGAGCUGCAGAAGAGAGUGUCAAGAGAUCAGAGGAUGGAUAUAACGUGAUAGAGAAGGAAGAGCUGUGUGGUCAGCACAGAGAAGCGCUCACUGUGUUUUGUCUGCAAGAGGAGAAGCUGCUCUGCCAGCAGUGUCAGACAGAGGGGCAUGACGAGCACGAGUGCUGCUCUAUUGAGGAGGCUGUUCACAACUGUAAGAGAGAGUUGCGAUCUGCUAUCAGAAGCCUCCAGGUGCAGCUGGACAGUUUAACAUCCAUCAGACAAACCUGGAAGGAUACUGCCACUCAUAUCGAGAGUCAAUCAGUACAAACAGCCCAGAUUUUGAGGGAUGAGUUUGAUAAGAUGCACCAGUACCUCCAUGAUGAAGAGGCUACUCUGAUGUCACAGCUGAACCACGAAGAAGAGGAAAAGAGUCAUAGGAUGAAAGAAAAGAUUGACAGGAUCAACGAUGACAUACAAGUGUUGACCGAAAGUAUGAGAGAGACAGAAGACGCCAUGGGCUUGGACAACAUCCUCUUUCUUAAGAAUUAUAAGAAGAGCUCUGAAAGGGCUCGGUGCAGUGUAGAGGAGCCGGACGAAGAAUCAGAAGCUCUGCUUGAUGUGGCAAAGCACCAGGGCUGUGUGCAGCACCGUGUCUGGGACAAGAUGCUUAAGAUCAUCCAGUACUUUCCAGUGACCAUGGACCCUAACACAGGCUCGGUGUGUUUAAGUGUAUCUCCUGACCUUUCCAGUGUGUUUGUGUGUGAGGAGCAGCCUCUUCCAGACAAUCCAGAGAGAUUUGUGGGCCCAAAGAGCAUCCUGGGCUCAGAAGUCUUCAGCUCAGGGAGGCACAACUGGGAGGUGGAGGUGGGAGAUAACAGCCACUGGGCACUGGGCUUGGCCAGAGACACAGUCCAAAGAAAAGUCUGGUCCAACUCUGAUCUAAACCCCAGUCCUAUCUUCGACUCAGACCCAGACCCAGGUCGCGGCCUGUGGACUGUGUCCCUCUCCUCUGGGGAGUACUUGGCCUCCCCCGGCCCCAGCACCCCACUCAAGCUGAGAAGAAGGCCACGCAGAAUCAGGGUUCAGCUUGACUGGGAGAGAGGGUCUCUCACUUUCUCUGAUGCCAACGACAACACCCUGAUCUAUCGUUUUAAAAAGCAGUGGAGUGGAAAUCUGAAACCCUACUUUUCCACUACAUGUUCUAACAAUCCACUGAAAAUCACAGCAGGGAGGAUGAAUGUUACCUUAGAAUAG